CACCAUCAUUUGUCGACCACGCCCCUCUCCAUCUCCCCCAUCUUCCCGUUGAUACCCCUCGUCUCCCGCCCAACACCCAUGUCGUAUGGGUCAUCCGGCGCUGGGCCAUCCACCCCCUCCGCAUCUCUCACUCGACGCCCACAAGGUGCUCGUCGUCGCGGCCUCCCCAGCCUCGUCAUUGCCAACCCAGACAACUCAGAUGAGGACGGCGAUUCCCCUCCAAAAACGAAUACCCAGCGGUCACCGUCUGGAGCAGGGGCUUCCCCCGUCAGCGUAGCCUCGAGCUCGGGCAGGGGAAAUGUCCCCAUCCCCCAGCCACCAUCCCCGUCGCUAAGCGCCAAAGACCGGGGCAAUCUUCCCUACCCUUCAAUACCAGCUCCUCAAUCAUCACCACUACCUACGAUAUCGGCAUUUCCCAGCCCCCAGCCGCUGAUUCCUACCUUAUUGCCCUCGCAAUCGGCGUACGGGCCUCCAGAUCUGUCUCCAGCCCCCCCGCAGCCUCCACCACAACCGCAGCGACAUCUACAACGUGCUUUUACGACACCUAUACCUGAGCCCGUACCCCGACCGCAUGCUGAACAUUCAGCUAGCGCCGGCGUCUACCCUCCGAGCUCACCAUCUCGCGCCCUGCCCCCACUGCCUUCUCCUAGAGCUGCCAGUCGCCAAACCACACUCCCAUCUCCACAGAGCCAUCACCCACCAUAUUUUCAAGGACGGGUGUCGAGCCCUGACGACCUGAUUAGCCCUGCGACUGGGAGUGAGGGUGGAGGAAGUAUUAUGAGUGUGAAUAUGGCUCAUAGGAAUCGGUCGGGGUCGGUGCAGGGGCAGCAGGUGCGUCUGCAAGUGACCACGGACAAUGAGGCGUUUCAUCUGGUGGAUAUCACGGGCAUGAACACGGCAGAAGGGAUACGCGAAAAAGUCUUCUCAAAGCUACGGAUACGUGACGAUGACUACCCUACGCUGUCCAUGUACAGGACAGAGAUUGGCGAGGCAGCAGACGAGACGCCUAUUCUGCCGGCUGCCCUUCUCAAUCUCUGCAGUACCCUUGGUGAUUCGAGAGCCAGCCUCAAGUUCCUCGUCAAGCAGACCGAUGUUCCUCCGUCCACAGCUGCCUCCGUCAUUCCACCUGUCGCCCCCCAGAAUGAUUACUCCUACAGCCGGCGAUCAGGCAUGACUCCUAUCACUACAGAUCUUCCCAAUCCCCUCCUCGACCGUGUCACGAGCCGGCAUUCGAAGGAGGGCAGUGCUAGCAGCGGAGAGCUACUAGACAGAGGUGGGCUGAGCGCGAGCGAGUGGAGUGAUUUGGGGGCAGAUGCGGACGAGUGGGGGAUUUCGAGAAGUGCGAGAAAGCCGAGUGUCUCAAACGCUGGAGUGCGGCUCUCAAACUCCACAAUGGGCUCAAAGUCGCCCAUCACCGAACAUUCCAACUCUGUGGGCACAAGCUCUCCAGCUAUACCGACACCUCCUGUAGCGCUCCACGGCAUCCCACUACAAACACGAGAACCAUCUAUACUGUCUUCAUCCCCAUCCAGCCGACCAUCUAGCAAUCACUAUGAUACGACAUCCCCUAUUGACCACUCCAAGUCUACUCCGAUCCUGGUCCACUCUGGCCCUUCCAACGAAAACAUCUAUUCUGGCAACGCUUCGGCUGGUCCUAGCAACCGCUCGAGAAUGGACCAGCAGGGUCUUGGUCUCAGCUUGGACGAUGACAUGGACCCCGAGACGAGAGCUCUGAUUGAGCAGCUGCAGAGAGAAGAGCUGGAUGCCCAACGGGAAGAGGAUGAGCGGAAGAGAAAAGACGAAGAGCUGGCCAUCAGGGAGCAGCAGAGCGAGAGAGAACUAUGGGAGAUGAUGCAGCAGAUGCAGAGGGAGAAGAGGCAAAGGGAGCAAGCUCAGAUUGCCGAUGACGAAGCUCGAGCUAGACGAUUUGAAGCAGAGCAAAGACGAGAAGAAGAGGAGAGACAAGCCCAGGAAGCUGUACGGGCGGCCUGGGAGGCCGAACAAAGAGAACACCAAGAGAACCGAUUCCACACAUUUGAACAGGACCGGCGGCAACGGAAAAAGUUCUUUAUGGACCAAGCAAGGAAUGGGAUGUCCAUCGAGGACACGACACGUGAUGCGACAUGGACCGGCGCUGGUGCUUCCACUGACCCCAUUUUGGGCGCAAGACGGCCAUCAGAUGGUAGGGCACCGCCGAUUUCUACGCCCACGCCGCGCCCCUCCCAGACUCCAAUGCCUGCGCGCCAGAACAGUCAACCUGUCUAUUCCAUACCUCCUUCUCCUUAUCCCACUGAAGGCCUUUACCCUCCGCCUCGACGGCCUUCGGCAUUCACAUCCUCGCCUUAUCCUGAACCGCCCUACGAUCGGUUGAGUGACCCCCGAUUACAACAAUCCACCGGGCGGACCCCCGCUCCCGGGCAAAGGCCGCAGACUGCAACUCUUCCGCGCCCGGAAUCUCAGCGAUCUCGUCACCCCUUCAGCUACGUGCCUCAUGAACAGAGCAACGAUCAUUUACAGACCCCUGCGUUACAAGCCGCUCGUUCAAUGGACAAUCUGCGGAUCAUGUCGGGUCCGCAGGGUUUAGCAUCUUCCCGCCAGAAUGCCGGAUACAGUGGACCUCCCUCCCGAACAUCCAUUACGCCUGUCUCUGCAGUGUAUGGGGAAAGGAGAAAUCUCCAGCCAGCUGCCGCGGAGCCUGCGUAUCGAAGCCCCACGUCGGAGCGCGCUGGCGACUCUCGAUAUCCAGGUACCGUACCAAUCAGGUCUGGCUCGACGUUUCCUCUGUCGAACAUUGACACGGGCUUGGUACCAUUCCCGUCGCCGCAUCCUAGCAGCACAAGUCCAAAUACUGCUUCUUGGCAAGGGUCAUCACAUCCUUUCAGCAGCUCCGCUCCUCGAUCUUCUCGUGGGUCCACAUUUGAUACCAGCAGUAGGCCCAACACAGUUCAUUAUGAUCGGUCGCCUCCUCCUCCAACGUCACCCGAGACGACUAUCCCUCCUCGUCGUCCAUCUACGCUAUAUGAUGAGGUUUAUCCUGCCGAUGGCACGCAGACAGCUGGUAUGGAUGGAAAAUACCACCAGCGCCAUGCUACGUCUUCUUUCCCUCUCGACCAUCGAUCCAGAAGCGGCAGUUUCUCGGCCUACAGAACGUCCUCGCCGAGCCCCACGGGAGGAUACCGUCGCCCGAGCCAGACUGCAUACGACAGCGACGAAUCCCAGCUUCCUUAUGCUCACGACCCGAGAUCCGAGUCUUCGUGGCUUUCAGCUACCAAGAAUGGUAAGGGGAGGAGUGAUACCGAUGCGUCGUCUGUGGCAGGUACUGUCAGCAGCGAGUCGACGGUGAGACCGUCUGAAGAUAAUGACUCUAGCGACACGGCCAAGGCAGGACAAUGGGAUAAGCAUCUGCGAGAUAUGAUGGCGAGGAACGUGGGAGACGGGGAUCAAACCUUUAUGCCAAGAAAAGAUGACGAGGAUGAGGCUACACUGUUCAUCUCCGCCCCUCCCACUCAAACUUCCACUCCUGCCCCAACUCUAAGCAGGUCUGGUGCUGUCAGGCCAUCCCUGUCAAAACCCAACCUCAUCGUCGAUACUGCCUCUCUUGAGGGGGCAACUGAUCAGCGAAUUUCUCGCGACCGAAACACUGGCACACCCUCUGACAGUGCCACCGAAUCUGAAGGGACGGGUGACUUUGAGGGCUCGAGAAUCAAGCGCGGCAAAUCGUUUGCCCGUCCUAAGGAUCCCAACCAAUGGAGCUUCCGUCCCGAGCCAGAGCAGCUGUAUGAGAACCUGGACACUGUCUUUCCUCAGAUCGACCUGGAUCGUCCUCUUGUGCAGGGCUCCGAGUCGCAACCGUCAACACCUGGUGCUGAAUCUCCUAGCCGUGUGGAGAUGGUGGGUGGAAUGCUCUUACCAGUCGGCGCUGCUCCAGGGAGACAAGGCGGCCCUCAAGCCGGGACCGGGUCACGACAGUGGCAAGGCCAGCAAGGUCCGCCCAGUUCUAGCAGUGCUCACCCCUCUCCUGGUGGGUUCAACCAAAACAAAUUCAACAAGGCAGACAAGCGCCGCUCUCUCCGUUACAUUGCUCGAGACAAACAUCUCGAUCUUCAACGCCGUAUCUCUCGACAUGGCCCCCCUCCAGCUUACGACUUUGGCGAGGCUGAAGUCCCCGAGAUACCUACUCGAGAGUACGCCGGAGUGGAAAAGACGGAAGAGCAGCUCAAGAAGGAUAAUAGGCGUAGCUCGAGCAUGUGGGAUCACAAACUCGUUGAAGUCACCCGGUUCGCGCAGGUCAAGGGCGACACCAUCCUCGAAUCUCCUGCGGACAGCCAGCCGGGAGUCGUGAGAUGGGUCAAGGGUGAACUUAUCGGCAAGGGUUCUUAUGGUCGUGUCUACAUUGCCUUGAAUGCCACGACGGGCGACAUGAUGGCUGUCAAGCAGGUCGAGCUGCCAGCGACAGAGAUUGAUCGACAUGACCAGAGGCAGCAAGGGAUGGUCAAGGCGUUGAGAGACGAGAUUGAGCUGUUGAAGGGUCUCGAGCAUACAAACAUUGUUGCAUACUUGGGGUACGAGACCUCUCCAGAAUACUUGUCUAUUUUCCUGGAAUAUGUUCCUGGUGGGACGAUCGCCUCCAUCUACCGUUCGCUCAACCAGGCUCGAUUUGAGCCUCAGCUGGUCAGGUCUUUUACUGAGCAGAUCUUGGAAGGUCUGGCAUAUCUUCACUCGAAGAACAUCUGGCAUAGAGAUCUGAAGGGAGACAACAUUCUGGUUGACGGUCAAGGUAUUUGCAAGAUUUCAGACUUUGGUAUCUCGAAGCAAACUUCCGACGCCUAUGACUCUUUCGGGCAAGCGACCAACAUGAAAGGAUCUGUCUUCUGGAUGGCCCCCGAAGUGGUGCAUGCCUACUCUGAGCGGUCAUAUUCUGGCAAAGUGGAUAUCUGGAGUCUGGGAUGUGUUGUGCUGGAGAUGUGGACUGGAAAGAGACCUUGGGGCGAGAUGGAGCAGAUUGCAGCGAUGUUUGAACUGUUCAACAAACGCCGCCCGCCUCUUCCGGCGGACUGUAUCAUCUCCCCCGUGGCGCUCGACUUUCUCUAUGAAAAGUGUCUUCAGACGGACCCCCGUGACCGGCCCAUGGCGCGCGAUUUGCUCGAACACGAGUUCAUCAAGGAUCGAGAUCCCAACUGGACGUUUGAGGAUAGCAAGAUAGGAAAAGCCGUGGCGAAGCGGGGGGCGAAGCGGAUGAAAGCGUGAGCGAGCUGCGGCCAGGGAGCUGGAAGGGAAUAGGGGUGGUGUUUUAUAAAGGGAGUGUAUUUUAUCAUUGACGGAUCUAACGACAUCAUUUUUGCGAAUUGACGAGCUUCUUCACCUUUUCCGAGGGUAUCUUUUCUAGACCUGGUGUUAUUUGCCUCUUUCCAGGUAGUCGUCGAUUCACAAAUCGACAGUGUAAUGAUAUGUCUUUGUUGUCUAUCAAAUUUUGCAGUCACUGCUUGCAAGGCCGACGGGCAUGCACACGCGCGUCGCGUACAUAUGAGGGUCCAGACCUGUCCAGACCGAACAUCCCUCUCGGCCCCAUCGGCUGUCGACUUUCAGGUAAUUGUCAAAGAGAAAGAGGGCCAAGGGGCCGGCAAGGGGGAUAUGCUUUCCUGGAAUCGGACCAUCCUACAUACCUCUUAGGUAAAAGGUAAUGAGGCCGAAGAAAAAUCUUUCAAAGCCCGCUCUUCCGAAGACGAUCGAUGAUUGACAGUCGGUGAUUGACAUUUGACAAGGGUCUUUAUCUGCCAGUCGCCGAAGCCUGGCCCAGGCUGCUGUCAAGAAGUAUCCGCAAUAAAUACCGUAAAAUAGCCAAGAGCUCAGAGCUGUCCCUUAUCUGCGUGGGUCGGCAUCAGCGCGUGAUUCCUCAUCUGCGUACAUGUGCAGACAGUCCAUGAGCAACAGACGGGAGCUAAUAGAUGACGACUAAUGGAGUGCGAGAAUGGAGGCCAGACCUCCCGCAGGCCGGGCAGGGAAGACGUAUGUUCGCGUAAAGAUUGCGGAAGUAGGAAAGGGGACAGAAGGUCCAGAAGGCCGAAGGCAGGGAAGGGCUCGGUGCUACGGGCUUGCAGAAACGAUAGAGAGCUGGAAGCUGACUGCUGAAGAAGAUGUAGGAGAGAAAUCCAGAUUACGUAUAUGCCAACGAUCUCGGAGCCAGAGAUCAAAAAGAAGCCAGAGAAGAAGGCCGCGACUUCUUCUGAAGUCACUUGCACGACGUAUGUACACUGUAGAGUACAUAGGUAUACUCGUACUCUGCGUGUCCCAAAAGGCAAGAGGCUCGAUGAAUUGCAGCUACGCGUAAGCACAGGAGGGAGAUAGAUCUUUUACAGAGUAUUUUGAGACUCCUGCGGGAAUUCGUCAGCGGGGUUACGGCGGGAGACCUUUGCUGCCUGCAGUACUCAGACUACGCUGUGAGACACCAGAUAAUCAGUUAAGAGAGUACAGAUAUAGAACUAUGUACUACAGGACUGUACAUAGCUACAUACCCAGGAUGAUAAACAAGUAAGUAAUUGGGCUCCCUU